AUGCCAGUAUCGGUGACAGUCCACGGUGCUCUUAGACAUGUCGCGACCAACCGGAUGUUAAUGUCACUGGGCAAUGUCACGGCAGCCGCACUUGACGAUGAUGACUUUCCCCCGCCAGAUAUGAUGUGGAAGGUGACAUGUACAUAUGUCCUCCCGGUUGCAAUGGUGGCGGAUCGGAUCACCCAGGAGGGGGGUAUUUUCCUCGGAUGGGAUGUUACUAACCCCGGGAAUCCGACGAUGCUCGAUGGUGGCAGCGAAUUUGUUUGGCGGUGUGGCCAACUAGUACAAAUUCUUGGAGGUCAACAGGUAUCUUUGCAAUUCACUUCCACUCCCCUCCCCGGCGUCAAUGUUGAUCGUUACUUGAGGGUCCAACAACAAGGUGGUAAUUUGUUGUCGAAGCGGCAAUUGUACAGCCAGGCACCCUCCCCCCAUCCUACUAUCACACCCUUGCUCCCCAAGCACCAUUCUGUGCGCCCCUGUGGACUCUUUAGCACCUGUGCACUGCCUCCGACUCAGCAACACACUUCCGCACCACCGCCUGAGUUUCACCGCCCUGGCCUUGACCCUCAGCCAACAUCAUACAGAAUGCAUACCCCCAAGUCCCAAAGACAGCGCCAGACCCCUCCUAUGCAGUUCCCGCCCCCUCCACCUCAAUCACAGCCAUGA